AGUUUUCGCAAGUUUGGCGCGGCAGCUACCGAGAGGAGAGGGGAAGCUGAGAGAACGAUUGAGAGAAAGCCAAGACGUCGGAGUAUUUAGCGCUUAGCGCCCUCUGGCGGAGACAAAAGUUGAUUGUUUUUGUAGGAUUUUUUAGCUCGAAGUUUGCGCCUGACAGAUAGACGGCUACGCCGAAUGGGGAUUAUGCGAAUGCCGUUUUCAUUAUUCCUUCAAACGCCUUCCCAUUUCUUUCAAUUAAAGUUCAACUUGAGCGCGUUCUUUGGGAUUUGUCGGGCUAAAAUAUUGCAUUAAUUACUUUUUUUGAAUUGACAGCAAGGCACGCGGGCAGACAGCAGUUAAAAUAAGGCAGCAGAAAGUUUUUAGUGUCACAGUGAUACAACGCUUUCUCUCACCCUUCUCUCACCCGACCUCUUCGGCCUCCAAGCUAGGACCUCUUUAACCGGCUAAGAGCUAGACUAGGAUUGAAUUAAAAACACAUUUAACGCUUAAUUUAAGAAGGCAAGUGACAAUGGGGGGAGUGACUAUUCCAAAGGAGCGCCCUAACCACAAGGGCCCUCCUAAAGUACCAUUCGAUUCGUUCGCUUUGUUCACCUGUAGGAAGAGCGAUGUCAACGCAGCUGUCAGUCAGUGGGGCAGGAGCAAAAGGAGGACGACAUCGCCGAAGCUUAAUCGAGGCGCAGGACGAAGACGAUGUGGCUACAGAUGGAACUUUCAGCGACUUAAUUACAAGCGAAAGCCUCAACCAGCAGGCGGCCGAGAAGUAUUUGGCAACUACCCCAGCCCAACGCUCGACCAAAACUUUGCACCGAAUGGAUGAAGUGUACGGUGCCCAAAGGAGCGAGGACACCACGGGCACCACGGACACCAGCUACGACUAUGUCUAUGAAGACGAAGUUGAGCCGGAGACCACCCCUUCGCCCACCCGUAGAUCCAGGACGGGCCAACAAUUUGGCAAAUCAUUAAACAACAAUUUACGCAGCGCUGCUAAAUCACUGGUCAACAAGAGGAGGAAAUAUGACCACGGAGCAGAGCAAGCGAAGCACGUUAGCCAGCUGGAGGAGGAUGAGCAGGAGCUGGAGCUUCUCGAGGCGAUCGGGAUGGCAACGGAGCUGGCAACGGAGCUGGCGACGGAGGCGCAGACCAGCACACCGCCUGCUGUUAUUGAUGACGAUAAUCAAAGUGACAACGGCAGCUCAGGCCGAACGCAGGAGACGUCUGUAAGGAGUGACACCGAUGACAUGGUUGAAAUCAACACCCCCCCACCAGAGCCAGCUCAAAGCUCCUUCGCCGCCGUCUCGCACCAGCCUGCCAUGGAACAUGAUUUUCAAAUCAAAGGGACCGAUGCUGAUGGCUUGCAGACGGAGAAACCUGCCACUGAUGAUAUCAAUAAUGAGCGUGAUUUAGCUGACAACUAUGAGGUAGACAGUAUGGAGCCGACCUCGCCAGGCACACCCCCACAAGGUAAGGAAGGUCAACAAAAUGGCAAGGAGUCACCACAAUCAAUUCAACCCGAAUCGGAUCGGAUGAUGAGUGAUGCCUCGCACUAUGAGGACAUCGAUAUAGUCAAACUAGAUGGAUUGCCAGUUUCCCAUGAAGAGGAGAUCUACAAGACGGCAGAAAAGGAAAAUAUAGCACCGAGGAAUGAACCAUCUCAGCAUAUCGAUAGGAGUGAAAACGAGGUACUGAAGGACCAUCAGCCGGGUGACGAGGAACCACCCCAACUAGAGCCCCUGAAGCCGUAUGUGAGUGAGCGAGUGGAUCUUCCGGGCAAACGCAUAUUCCUGAACCUGACCAUAGCCACAGACGAGGGCAGUGACUCCGUUUACACCUUGCACGUGGAAGUGCCCACGGGCGGAGGACCACACAUCAUCAAGGAGGUGCUGACCCACGACAAAGCGAAUGCCCAGCACCAGGCAGACAGUUGUGUUCAGGAGCCACCGCCGCGCAUGCCCGACUGUCCGUGCAGCUGUCUUCCGCCUGCGGCGCCCAUCUAUCUGGAUGACACCGUUGACAUCGACUCCAUCGACUCUGCCCCACCAGCUCACACUGUUACGACGAGCACGAUCUCGGCACCUACUGACCCCUUCCAUAGCGAGGAGAAGCACGAGGAGGACGGGGCUAGAGAUGAGGAGCUAACGGCUUCCUCGAGCAGAGCUACUAACCUUCCUAGCACUGAGAUCGAUAACCACAUUGCCGCCUAUACUGAACCCACUGUUGGUGCUGGUGGUGUACCGCUUGCAUGCCCUGAUGUGAUGCCAGUACUGAUACUGGAAGGAGCCCGAACAUUCCCCGCACGCAGUUUCCCACCGGACGGCACCACCUUUGGCCAGAUUACCCUCGGCCAGAAGCUGACCAAGGAGAUCCAGCCGUACAGCUACUGGAACAUGCAGUUUUACCAGUCGGAACCGGCCUACGUAAAGUUUGACUACACGAUUCCGAGGGGCGCCUCCAUCGGCGUAUACGGCCGACGCAACGCCCUGCCCACCCACACGCAGUACCACUUUAAGGAAGUGCUCAGUGGAUUCAGUGCCAGCACACGAACGGCCCGGGCCGCUCACCUGUCGAUAACGCGGGAGGUGACACGCUAUAUGGAGCCGGGGCACUGGUUCGUCUCGCUCUACAACGACGACGGGGACGUGCAGGAGCUGACCUUCUACGCGGCCGUAGCCGAGGACAUGACCCAAAACUGUCCCAACGGCUGCUCCGGCAACGGUCAGUGCCUGCUGGGACACUGCCAGUGCAACCCCGGCUUCGGGGGCGACGACUGCAGCGAAAGCGUGUGCCCAGUGCUGUGCUCCCAGCAUGGCGAGUACACCAACGGGGAGUGCAUCUGCAACCCGGGCUGGAAGGGCAAGGAGUGCUCCCUGCGUCACGACGAGUGCGAGGUGGCCGAUUGCAGUGGGCACGGCCACUGUGUUAGUGGAAAAUGCCAGUGCAUGCGCGGCUACAAGGGCAAAUUCUGCGAAGAAGUGGACUGUCCACACCCGAACUGCUCAGGCCAUGGCUUCUGCGCCGACGGCACCUGCAUCUGCAAGAAGGGCUGGAAGGGUCCUGACUGCGCCACCAUGGACCAGGAUGCGCUGCAGUGCCUCCCAGACUGUUCCGGCCACGGCACGUUCGACCUGGACACACAGACCUGUACCUGCGAGGCAAAGUGGAGUGGGGACGACUGCUCCAAGGAGCUCUGCGACUUGGACUGCGGCCAGCAUGGACGUUGUGAAGGCGACGCUUGUGCAUGCGAUCCGGAAUGGGGUGGCGAGUAUUGCAACACCCGGUUGUGCGACGUCCGCUGUAACGAGCAUGGCCAGUGCAAGAACGGCACUUGCCUGUGCGUUACUGGCUGGAACGGUAAGCACUGCACCAUCGAGGGCUGUCCCAACAGCUGCGCCGGACAUGGUCAGUGCCGUGUGAGCGGCGAGGGUCAAUGGGAGUGCCGCUGCUAUGAAGGCUGGGACGGACCAGACUGCGGCAUCGCACUGGAGUUGAACUGUGGCGACAGCAAGGACAACGACAAGGAUGGCUUGGUUGAUUGCGAGGAUCCCGAGUGCUGUGCCAGCCACGUGUGCAAAACCUCCCAACUAUGUGUUUCUGCCCCGAAGCCCAUAGAUGUGCUGCUCAGAAAGCAGCCGCCAGCUAUAACUGCUUCCUUCUUUGAGCGGAUGAAGUUCCUCAUCGACGAGAGCAGCCUGCAGAACUACGCCAAGCUGGAAACCUUUAACGAGAGCAUUUUUUGGAAUUAUUUCAAUGCAAGUCGAUCAGCGGUGAUCAGAGGCCGCGUUGUUACUUCUCUGGGCAUGGGCCUGGUGGGUGUGCGAGUGUCCACCACCACGCUUCUGGAGGGCUUCACCCUGACCCGAGAUGACGGAUGGUUCGACCUAAUGGUGAACGGUGGCGGAGCCGUGACCCUGCAGUUCGGACGCGCACCUUUCCGGCCGCAGUCGCGCAUCGUGCAAGUGCCAUGGAACGAGGUCGUCAUAAUUGACUUGGUCGUCAUGAGUAUGUCCGAGGAAAAGGGAUUGGCCGUGACUACGACGCACACCUGUUUCGCACACGACUACGACCUCAUGAAGCCAGUGGUGCUGGCCUCAUGGAAGCACGGAUUCCAGGGAGCCUGUCCCGAUCGUAGCGCCAUUCUGGCUGAAUCUCAGGUGAUUCAGGAGUCGCUGCAGAUCCCGGGAACGGGCCUGAACCUGGUGUACCACUCGUCGCGUGCCGCCGGCUACCUGUCCACCAUUAAGCUGCAGCUAACGCCAGAUGUGAUUCCCGCAUCGUUGCAUCUAAUCCAUCUCCGCAUAACAAUCGAGGGAAUACUGUUUGAGCGAAUAUUCGAGGCGGAUCCUGGCAUCAAGUUCACGUACGCCUGGAACCGACUCAACAUCUACCGGCAGCGCGUCUAUGGUGUGACCACAGCCGUGGUGAAGGUUGGCUACCAGUACACCGACUGCACUGACAUUGUGUGGGACAUUCAAACAACUAAGCUGAGCGGCCACGACAUGUCCAUCUCGGAAGUGGGCGGGUGGAACCUGGACAUCCAUCACCGCUACAACUUCCACGAGGGAAUCCUGCAAAAGGGAGACGGCUCCAACAUAUAUCUGCGCAAUAAGCCGCGCAUCAUCCUGACCACGAUGGGCGAUGGCCACCAGCGGCCGCUGGAGUGUCCCGACUGCGACGGCCUGGCGACAAAGCAGCGACUCCUGGCACCCGUCGCCCUGGCCGCCGCUCCAGACGGUAGUCUUUUCGUCGGUGAUUUCAACUACAUCCGCCGCAUCAUGACCGACGGCAGCAUCCGCACUGUGGUCAAGCUGAACGCGACCCGUGUCUCCUACCGCUACCAUAUGGCCCUCAGUCCGCUCGACGGAACGCUCUAUGUUUCGGAUCCGGAGUCACACCAAAUCAUUCGGGUGCGGGACACCAGCGACUACUCGCAGCCGGAACUGAACUGGGAAGCGUUUGUGGGCUCCGGGGAGCGCUGUCUGCCUGGUGACGAAGCGCACUGCGGCGACGGGGCACUGGCCAAGGAUGCGAAAUUGGCUUAUCCGAAAGGCAUUGCGAUUUCGAGCGACAACAUCAUGUACUUUGCCGACGGAACUAAUAUCCGAAUGGUGGACCGGGAUGGAAUCGUAAGCACUCUGAUCGGCAACCACAUGCACAAGUCCCACUGGAAGCCCAUUCCCUGCGAGGGAACCCUGAAGUUGGAGGAGAUGCAUCUUCGCUGGCCCACUGAGCUAGCAGUCUCCCCGAUGGACAACACGUUGCACAUAAUCGACGACCACAUGAUCUUGCGCAUGACUCCAGACGGUCGUGUGCGCGUCAUCUCCGGCCGGCCCCUGCAUUGCGCCACAGCCUCCACUGCCUACGACACGGAUCUGGCAACCCACGCCACCCUGGUGAUGCCGCAGUCCAUCGCGUUUGGCCCACUCGGUGAGCUGUACGUGGCGGAGAGCGACUCGCAACGAAUUAACCGGGUGCGCGUGAUCGGCACGGACGGAAGGAUUGCUCCGUUUGCUGGUGCCGAAUCUAAGUGCAACUGCCUGGAGCGCGGAUGCGACUGCUUCGAGGCAGAGCACUACCUGGCCACCAGUGCCAAAUUCAACACGAUCGCCGCCCUGGCUGUCACACCCGAUAGCCAUGUGCACAUCGCGGACCAGGCCAACUACCGUAUCCGCUCCGUUAUGUCGAGCAUCCCGGAGGCAAGUCCGUCGCGGGAGUACGAGAUCUAUGCACCCGACAUGCAGGAGAUCUACAUUUUCAACCGGUUCGGACAGCACGUGUCCACACGCAACAUCUUGACCGGAGAGACGACCUACGUGUUCACCUACAACGUAAACACCUCCAAUGGCAAGCUGAGCACCGUCACAGACGCGGCUGGCAACAAGGUGUUCCUGCUUCGGGAUUACACCUCCCAGGUAAAUUCGAUCGAGAACACGAAGGGUCAGAAGUGCCGUCUGCGCAUGACCAGAAUGAAAAUGCUUCACGAGUUGAGCACUCCGGACAACUACAAUGUGACCUACGAAUACCACGGCCCCACCGGUCUGCUGCGAACCAAGCUGGACUCCACCGGACGUUCCUACGUGUACAACUACGAUGAGUUUGGCCGCCUCACUUCCGCAGUGACUCCCACCGGGCGUGUCAUCGAGCUGAGCUUCGAUCUGAGCGUAAAGGGAGCCCAGGUGAAGGUUUCGGAGAACGCCCAGAAGGAAAUGUCUCUGCUGAUCCAAGGUGCUACCGUUAUUGUGCGCAAUGGCGCGGCCGAGUCGCGCACUACCGUCGACAUGGACGGCUCCACCACGAGCAUCACGCCAUGGGGCCACAACCUGCAGAUGGAGGUGGCACCCUACACCAUUCUGGCAGAGCAAAGUCCACUGCUUGGCGAGAGCUACCCGGUCCCAGCUAAGCAGCGCACCGAGAUCGCUGGUGACCUGGCCAACAGAUUUGAGUGGCGCUACUUCGUGCGCCGUCAGCAGCCACUGCAAGCGGGCAAGCAGAGCAAGGGACCGCCACGUCCCGUAACCGAAGUUGGACGCAAGCUGCGCGUGAACGGAGACAACGUGCUGACCUUGGAGUACGACCGCGAGACCCAGUCGGUGGUCGUCAUGGUGGACGACAAGCAGGAGCUGCUUAACGUGACCUACGAUCGCACUUCCCGCCCCAUUAGCUUCCGACCGCAGUCCGGCGACUACGCGGAUGUGGACUUGGAGUACGAUCGAUUCGGACGUCUGGUCAGUUGGAAGUGGGGUGUCCUGCAGGAAGCGUACUCCUUCGACCGCAAUGGCCGUCUGAACGAGAUCAAGUACGGCGAUGGCUCGACAAUGGUCUACGCCUUCAAGGACAUGUUCGGCUCCUUACCACUGAAGGUGACUACGCCCAGACGAUCCGACUAUCUCCUGCAGUACGACGACGCGGGGGCCCUUCAGAGCCUGACUACACCUCGAGGCCAUAUCCACGCGUUCUCCCUGCAGACUUCUCUGGGCUUCUUCAAGUACCAGUACUAUUCACCAAUCAACCGACACCCCUUCGAAAUUCUGUACAACGACGAGGGUCAGGUCUUGGCCAAGAUCCACCCGCACCAAUCCGGCAAGGUGGCAUUCGUACAUGACACCGCCGGACGACUGGAGACCAUCCUCGCGGGACUAUCCAGCACCCACUAUACCUACCAGGAUACAACCAGCCUAGUAAAGUCUGUGGAGGUGCAGGAGCCGGGCUUCGAGUUGCGCCGAGAGUUUAAAUACCACGCCGGCAUUCUGAAGGACGAGAAAUUGCGCUUCGGCUCCAAGAACUCGCUGGCCUCUGCGCACUACAAGUACGCCUACGACGGAAACGCUCGACUCAGCGGCAUCGAGAUGGCCAUCGACGACAAGGAGCUGCCAACCACGCGGUACAAGUACAGCCAAAACCUGGGACAACUGGAGGUCGUGCAGGAUCUGAAGAUCACGCGCAACGCCUUCAACCGAACAGUCAUUCAGGACUCUGCCAAGCAGUUCUUCGCCAUUGUGGACUACGACCAACACGGUCGGGUCAAGAGCGUGCUAAUGAACGUGAAAAACAUUGAUGUGUUCCGCCUGGAGCUGGACUACGAUCUCCGCAACCGCAUCAAGUCGCAAAAGACGACAUUCGGUAGGUCGACGGCAUUCGAUAAGAUUAACUACAAUGCCGACGGCCAUGUGGUUGAGGUCCUGGGCACCAACAACUGGAAGUAUCUGUUCGACGAGAACGGCAACACUGUUGGCGUGGUCGACCAGGGCGAGAAGUUCAAUCUGGGCUACGACAUCGGAGAUCGAGUCAUCAAGGUGGGCGAUGUGGAGUUCAACAACUACGAUGCCCGCGGCUUCGUAGUGAAGCGCGGCGAGCAGAAGUAUCGGUACAACAACCGCGGUCAGUUGAUUCACUCAUUCGAAAGGGAACGGUUCCAGAGCUGGUACUACUACGACGACCGCAGCCGCCUGGUGGCCUGGCACGACAACAAGGGUAACACCACGCAGUACUACUACGCCAAUCCGCGCACUCCCCAUCUCGUGACCCACGUGCACUUCCCCAAGCUCAGCCGCACCAUGAAGCUGUUCUACGAUGACCGCGACAUGCUAAUCGCUCUGGAGUAUGAGGAGCAGCGCUACUACGUGGCCACCGACCAGAAUGGCUCGCCACUAGCCUUCUUUGAUCAGAAUGGCAGCAUUGUCAAGGAAAUGAAGCGAACGCCGUUCGGCCGAGUCAUCAAGGACACUAAGCCGGAGUUCUUUGUGCCCAUCGAUUUCCACGGCGGACUGAUCGACCCGCACACCAAGCUGGUGUACACCGAGCAGCGGCAGUACGACCCGCACGUGGGCCAGUGGAUGACUCCGCUGUGGGAGACGCUCGCCACCGAGAUGUCACACCCGACGGAUGUGUUCAUCUACCGCUACCACAACAACGACCCCAUCAACCCGAAUAAGCCGCAGAACUAUAUGAUCGACCUGGAUUCCUGGCUCCAGUUAUUCGGCUAUGAUCUGAACAACAUGCAAAGCAGCCGCUACACCAAGCUGGCCCAGUACACGCCGCAGGCCUCGAUCAAGUCAAACACGUUGGCCCCUGACUUCGGCGUGAUCUCCGGCCUGGAGUGUAUCGUGGAAAAAACAAGCGAGAAGUUCAGUGACUUUGACUUUGUGCCCAAGCCGCUGCUGAAAAUGGAGCCAAAGAUGCGCAACUUGCUGCCGCGUGUCAGCUACCGACGUGGUGUGUUCGGCGAAGGCGUGCUCCUCUCUAGGAUCGGCGGACGGGCGCUGGUUAGCGUUGUCGACGGAUCAAACAGCGUGGUACAGGACGUGGUGAGCAGCGUGUUUAACAACUCGUACUUCCUGGACCUGCACUUCAGCAUCCACGACCAAGACGUAUUUUACUUCGUAAAGGACAAUGUCCUCAAGCUGCGCGACGACAACGAGGAGCUGCGUCGCCUGGGCGGCAUGUUCAACAUAUCAACGCAUGAAAUCAGCGAUCACGGAGGCAGUGCCGCCAAGGAGUUGCGCCUGCACGGUCCCGACGCCGUUGUCAUUAUAAAAUACGGCGUUGAUCCCGAGCAGGAGCGCCACCGCAUCCUAAAGCACGCCCACAAACGGGCAGUGGAGCGUGCUUGGGAAUUGGAGAAGCAGCUGGUGGCCGCCGGCUUCCAAGGGCGUGGCGACUGGACCGAGGAGGAGAAGGAGGAGCUUGUCCAGCACGGCGACGUCGACGGCUGGAACGGAAUCGAUAUCCACAGCAUACACAAGUAUCCGCAACUGGCCGACGACCCCGGCAACGUCGCUUUCCAGCGGGACGCGAAGCGGAAGCGACGCAAGACCGGCAGCAGCCAUCGGAGUGCCUCCAACCGGCGCCAGCUCAAGUUCGGCGAGCUGAGUGCGUGAGUGGAGGCGUAUAGAGAGAAGCUAGUGGUGGAGGCGGAGCCAGAGACAGAGCCCGAGGAGAGUGACACGACCGACGAGGAAUAUGGCGACCAGGAGGACUACCUAAUAGCCGUGGGCAAAAAGGAGCCAAGGGACAGCAGUGAGGCACUGGACGAGCAGAUUUUGUAAUUAGGUGAAAUGCGCAAACUAUGCGACCACAACAAAAACAACCGAAACAACAGCACAACUCUCGAUGACACAACACAAAAUAAGACAAGAUACAAAGGAAAAGCCAGCAUUGAAUACACUAAUUAAUACAAACUUUAAUCAUGCUUAAAGUUUAGUAUUAGCCACAACGCAGCCCUCGAAUAACCGAAGAAACACACAACACUGGAACAGAAAUAUGUAUGUUGAUGUUGAGUUUAGGCUUACAAUAGGCGUAUGUUUAGUCCAUGUGUGUAAUGUUUAAUGUAAUUUUUUGAAUCAGAAUCAGUGUCCCCACGGGCAAACAGCUUGCAGUGGCAUUUUAGGUCAGGGUGGGUAUUAUUUAAAUUGGUCCACCAACCGAUUUAGGUCGAGACAGCAUUGCAUAGAUCGAACCAAUUAAAACGGAACAAGAUCGUUUUUUUCGGUAAUCGGAGUUUGGCCAAAACACAGCCCAACAAGCCAGUGGCACUGCAAUGUCAAACGAUGAGUAUUACACAGCAAAAUAUGCUUACGAUAAGUACAGAUGUUAAACUACGAAAUGAAUAAAUGUAAAAAGAUUCAAGUUCUGCAUAGUAGCUCCCUAGUCUUUGGUCCAAGCCUGGCCCACUCCAACACAGUCCACUCUCAUAUGGCAACAGAAAUGUUGAUCACCGCUUCUUAACCUACUUCUUCAUUGCUCAGUGUAUAUACGAACGAAACUUCUCAAGCCUCUACUGACAAAAAGCGCGUAAUUAUCCUUUAAUCGAACCCACUUUUUAGCGAAAUAGGUCUCUAAGCCGAAUGCUCGAAUUUAAAUUUACCAGACGCGUCUACCUAAUUUGGAUAGCCAAGAAUCAAAACGAAUUUCUACCAGUCCCCUUUAAUGCAAUACAAUACUCUAUCGACUCCUUUCACUCAUUUUAUGAUGUUAACUGUUGAAUUUAUUCAAAGGAAAAACGCAUUAAAAACUUUUUACAAAUUGUGAUAUAUAUUUCUAAACAUUUCAUUUGACAACUUGAAGUGUAACGAAGAAAAACUCGAAUUAACUCAAAUCGAACCGAAAGUAAUAGCAAACGCAUGUACUUUACUCAUUUUUGUAAACAUAGUCUCUUACGAUUAGUUUUAUGCUGCAAUAUUUAGUUCUUACCGUUUGCCAUGUUAAUUAUAAAAGCGUAAUUUUUUGUAAUGAUCCCACCCGGGAAUGUCGUCACAUAGGGUUUAGUUUCUUUUAAUUACUCUUUUUUUUAACACUCACAGCAAGAUAAAAUUUCUGUACUUCCUAAAAUUUGGCUGAAAUUUUGUCGGUAUUUUGUGUUUGAAAUUAUUAUUGAACUAUUUAUAAUUAAAACUAAACUAUUGACUAUUGAAAUAUUACCUAGCAUAAAAUAUAGUGCGCAUAUGGACUUGCGCGGAACUUAAACAUACCCCUAUAACCAUAAAAACACACCUUGUAUUAUAAACACCCAUACAUACAACUAAACGUAGGCUUAAGAAUUAGACUAAAGACAAAGCUCGUAAAAACAAAAAGGAUAAGCACCUAACUAAAGUGAAAAUAAGCGAUUGAUUCUGUUUUCUGUUUCAUGUGAGAAUAGAUCAGAAUAUUACAGAAGAUAACUGCGUAGUAAUUAGCUAAAGUGUUAGUAAUUUUAUUAAAUAAAAUUAUAAAUGAAAUAUGG